AAGAGGAAAAUGAAAUGUAUUCCUACAAAACACAAAUUGGAAUGAAAGACAAAUUAUCAGCACAUCCAGUAGAGAAAUAUUGGAAGGAAAGAAAACAAAAGGAAAAGAAUAAAGUAAAAAGUAAUAUUCAGAAGCAAUCAAAGCGUCCUUCUGUAUCUAUUGAGUCGUUGGAAGAAGAAAUAGCAAGUCUCAUUCAGAAGAAGAACGAGGGUAUACUGUUGAAUGCAGAAAGAGAGAGACUUCGAUAUUUGGUACAACGACACGAUAAUAUUCUAGAAAAGCAGUCUAAGAAUCUUCGCAAUGUGAAAGAGCCUUCACAGGAUCCCUUAGACCCAGGAUAUGGAGAGGAUAAUCGUAAUGAGACUAGGAAGAAACUAUUAGGAGUACAAGCCUUUCAAAGAAUACUUAAAAGUAAAGUGAAUGAAACAAGUUGUCAUCAUAACACUUUAGAACAACCAGUUAUGGAAGAGCAGUCUAUACCCAACGACGUCAGUUUUCAGUCAACUGUUAACAACAAGACAACUCAGUUGAUUCCUCUUCAAGUUUAUCAACCAACUUCAAGGAUUAUUCAUCAUAAUGUUCAAAACAAAAUUGUAACAACAACGAAAACGAAACCCAACGUAGAACAAGAGUUGAAUAGUUUCUAUGCAGAACUACAAGACAUAAUAGACACACAAGAUAAAACCAACUGAGCUGCAGAGACAAGAAUAUUUUUGUUUCUUGAUCUACUAAUACGAAUAUAUAUUAGUAUUGAUACUUGUUGAUAGAUGAAGUAUAACAAUGAAGAGUGGUUGACGUAAUAUUCUUUUAUAUAAGUUGCUUCCAUACCCAUUUCCAUUCUUUUCUGUCUCAUAUAUAUAUAUAUAUAUAUAUAUAUAUUGAUAUUCUAUAAAUGAGGAAUUAUGCCA